UCGCAAACUAAAUCAAUAAUUUUGUAUUGUCUUUUUUACUUGUUUAAUGGCAACAAGAAAUUUAAAUAUUAAUGAGCAUUUGUAUUCAAAAGUUUAGUAAGGUAUGUACAACUGAUACAGUUGUCACAAAUCUUAAAUACUGCGAAACAUACUGAUAUAAUACAAUAAUAACUUUAAGAAUUGCAAAACUUUCUCGUCUAGUAUUGCUCAUAUUGUAUAUCCUUGUCGCACACUAUCGCUGUUUUCAUCUAACAGAAGAUAUAUAUCUGUCCUUGUUGCACAGUAUGGCACCCUUUGUCUGACACAUGAAUAUGUCUAUGAUCUCGUAACACAUUAUCUCAUACUAAUGUAUUCCUUGUUCCACGGACAAAGUAUGUGCUGACAUCCAUUGAAGGCGAAAGGAACAACGACUGCAACAUGUGAAGAUAGAUUGGCAAUAUCGUCUGUGCUUGUCGCACAACAUCGCGUUUUUUGUCUACGGACAAACCACGUUCUGAUAUCUAUUGAAGGCGAAAGGAACAGCGACUUGGAGCAUGUAAGGAUAGAUGGCAUUACAUGAUUUAUCCGUACGCAAAGAACGCAAGAUUGCGCGACAGGGACAGUCUAUAUGAACGAUUCUAGACAGAGAGGGCGGUGGUGUGCAACAAUGACAGAUGCACAUUUCGAGUUCAAAGAGAAAUACAACAAUUUCCAUAUAAUACAUGUCUUUGCUUAUUUAUUUCCCUGUAAAUAACAAGUGAAUUAUUUUAUAAGAUUUGCCACAGCGUUGUAAAAAAUCUGUGUUAUACAAAUGAAAUAUGAAGUAGGUUGAAAACUGGUAAAAAUGAUAAAGGAAACUCGAAAUCUGUUAACGAAAGGAAAAGAUGUGUUAGUUAAAAUAUAUUAAAGACCGUGUACAAUAAUCUAUCCAAUGUGUAACUACUUGAGAGUGGAGUAGUAUUACUUCAUUCGCGAGGGUAGGCAAAGACUGACUUCGUAGUCGAAAAAGAUUCUUCCUGAGAUCGCGGUCCGGAAGAAUUCCUUAAAGCAUGCUAUAAACUUACGAUGUGCAUGAUGUCAAAGUCUCAGUCCCACUGCACGUGACCUCUUGCACACAGUGUGGAAAUAAAUAAAGUGAGGGGAACAGAUGGAAAUCAGGAGGCAUCAAACUAGAACUGAAACGUGGAAAAUAUGAUAUACAUAAAAUAAAAAUAAAAAGUUCAUGGAAGUAGAUGUGAGACAGAAAGAGGAAAUCUGCCGGAAACAAAAAGAGAAGAUUACAUCUUUUUUAGCAUUUAUUUGUUUAAUUUAGGCUGGUAUUACACGAGCGUAGAAACGACGUACGUUACGACGGACGUUGCAAUGUUAUAUCGUCGCAGCCAUUAUAUUAUUUUGUAUAAGAUCAGUUACGCAAACCACGUCCGUCAAUUUAGACACUAGAGACACUGGGAUACAGCUUUGAACCGACGACCAUUGUAGAAAUACAAUAAUUGUCCGGUAAGUAACCGCGCUAGAGACUCUUAAAAAAGAGCUUUUUUAGGAAACGGCUAUUUAUCGGAUAGCCAAUGACGUACGCGCUUUCCCCGCUGUUUGUUUAUCCUUUAUUCGGUUUCUGUUUGCGUUCACGCACACGGUGAUUCAUUAAUUUUCAUCUCCUCAAUCAUAAUAUAACAAGCAAGAAGUCAUAAUGGAACACCGUAUGCAUUUCGCUCGUCAACCUAAAUAACUAGACUUGGACUUAGGCCGGGGCUAUACGAGCGUUAUGCGUACAAUGCAAAUGUAUAUAUGCAUUUCUAUACGCAGCCACGCAAUGCAGCUUCAACGAAGAUGGCAGAAAAGAAUGCGUAUAACUGUGUGAGAAAUGCGUGCGAGCGAGAGAUGUUCCGAACGGCUACAUAGUAGGCGGCUCCUUAACGGACGGCGAUAUACAUAUAUUGUCGUAUACAUAUUAGAACACACAUACAUCUAGGAAUGUGCGCCACUGUCAACGUACGAUGCAUGGAUUGCCAAUAGUGCUUGGAAUAUAAUACGAAAUGACGUGUAUACAGCAUAACAGAACUGAAGUUUGGAAACUUCUGGAGUGAAGGUAGAGCUCUUAGCGACCAGGAAAUGUUUCUCAAGUCAGGCGCAUCAAUCGAUUUCUUAGGCUUUGUCGUGCAGCGCGAUCUUAUGUCUGCAACGUGCAAGACAACCGUGUCCGCAAUUGAAUUUUACGUUACUAUGUAAAUCCACAUUUAUUUGAACAUUUUCUCUAUCAUAUGAAAUACUGGAUGUUUGCUUUAAAUAAAUUGUGAAAAAUUAUGAAAAGUAAUAUAGUUUAUAUUCUUUAUCUUCAGUGGUAAGGAUGGCGUUGAAUGUAAAAGUUUAAUAAAUCGAUCCCAGCGCUAUGGCUAGCGGCCGGUUUGUAAAGCACACUUCUCGAUAUUAAGAGCCUCGUCCCCACCACGGGAGUUUCCGAACCUUCGCAAAGGUAGGUACAUAUGUAUAUAUUACCGUCACACAGUUACACAACCAGACGUCACACCACACGAAUUGCGUCCGUCAAUUCCUACGUACGUAAAACAACGUUGGCAACGUCGCGACGCAGUCAGCAAUCGCUAUGAUACAGACGCAACGUGCGUCGAGCAAUUAACACGGACGUUGCCGCAUUCUUUGUGUUCCUAUGAGACUGGUCACACAGCGAGUUAACGUAUAUUAACCGUUAUAAUAAAUUAUGGACAUCGAGGUACUGAUAUCCGAAGUUGAGAAACAUCCCGUUUUAUGGGAUAUUUCCAAUCUUGAAUACAAAGACAAAUUAAAAAGAAACGAAGCGUGGUUGCGUGUGGCGAGUAUUGUAACCCCCAAUUUUAUGCAAAAGAUGGAAACUGAUAAGAAGAUUAUUGUGCAGGAGGUAACUUCUAAAUGGAGAAGCGUACGCGAUAAUUAUAUUCGUACUUUAAGAAAAAGAAACGGAAAUAAUAAGUCAGGCUCUGCUGCAAAAAAAAAGAUACGAUAUGUCUAUGAAGAACAAUUAGGAUUUUUGAAAAAAUGUCGGGAGCCACAAGAUACCGGUAGUAGCACGGAGGUAGAAAAGAAUGAUCCAAUAAGUACAGACUCAGGAACCAACAUUAGUAAUGAAUUUGAAUCAAUCUUUAAUAAUGAAGAAACGAAUAAUGAGUUCAGAUACCCUCCACGAGAAAAAAGAAAAAGAAUUAAUGCAGAAGAAGAGGUGGCUAAUUUUUCGGAGUAUAAGAAAAAUACAAACGGCGACGAUGACGACAUGGCAUUUUAUAAAUCGACAUUACCACUAAUUAAGUCCUUUAAUUUAGAACAAAAAAUGCAAUACAGAAUGCAAGUCAUGCAAUUAAUUCAGAAUAUUAGAAAUUCGUCUGUUCAACGCACACCAUCAAAAUAUAAUACGUAGCACAUCAAAUUGUCCGGUUAGAUAUUUUUAUGGUAAUUCAUUAAGAAAAUUUCUCUUUCGAACCACAAAUUUUCAUGGUAGAUAUAACAGAAAAUUCCUUCAAAAAUAUAUCAUCGUAACAUUACUUAUUAUAAAUAUUAUUUUAUUAUUAUUAAUGCUAUAUUAAUG